AUGGAGCACUACGAGCGGCUCGGCAAGAUCGCCGAGGGCGCGUCGGGGACCGUGUACAGGGCCCGCGACCGCCGCACCGGCGAGACCGUCGCCAUCAAGCGCCUCCGCGCGGGGGGCGGCAACGGCGACGGGGACGCCUUCGCCGAGACGUUCCUCCGCGAGGCGCGCUGCCUCGAGGCCUGCCGCGGCCACCCGUGCCUCGUCGAGCUCCGCGCCGCGCACCGCGACGGCGACGGCGGCGGCGCGUUCCUCGUCAUGGAGUACGCCGGGCGGAGCCUGUCGGAGGUCGUGCGGGAGCGGGAGGGCCGCGGCGCCGGGCGCCGGACGUUCCCCGAGGCCGAGGCGCGCCGCGUGAUGCGGCGGCUCCUGGAGGGCGCGGCGGCGAUGCACGCCCGCGGCGUGCUCCACCGGGACCUCAAGCCCGACAACGUCCUCCUCGACGGCCGCGGGAGAGCGUCAAGAUCUGCGACUUCGGCCUGUCCCGCGCCGCCGCCGACGCCGGCGGCGCGCCGCUCACGCCGGGCGUGGCCACGCUGUGGUACCGCGCGCCGGAGCUGA